AGUAGCUAACGAGUAUGCUAGGCGGCUUUCAACUCCUCCACCCUGAACGCUGAUAUCCGCGGUUCGGUGCUUAUAUACGUGUAUGGCCGGCAAAAGUCAUCAUUCUAUCUUUAUUGUUCCCUCUAUUUUGUAAACAUUCCGCCGAAAAAGAGAAGACGGUUGAGCCCUUUUACUGGGAAUUUCUCUCCGCUGCUUGUGACUCGUCAGACCUGCAUAGGAGCGGUUGUGUGCCGUGAGCAGUUGGACUUCAACGCUGAGCCCCCUUGGGAUCCUAGCUGAUAACAGGAGGGGUCUGGCUUUUGACCUCACUCUUGGAUAUCACUAGGCCCAGGAGCUGCGAGGGCUUUGCUAAAUACGUGACCUGCUUUAUGACCGUUGUCUCAGGCUUGUGGAUGAGGAUGAAGGCGACGCUGGAUGAAUUGCUGUGCUCUGUCGAGCUACUUGAAGGAGACUCUACUGUCCGUGACGUGAUCAACAAACACAUCUCUGAACAAACUCAAGCACAGAAGAGUGCGUUCUAUGUGGCGGAUCUGGGUGCCGUCGUUUGGCAGCAGAUCCGAUGGAAAACUCACAUGGACCAGGUUCGACCUUUCUAUGAAGUCAAGUGUAACAACAGUGCUGUGGUAGUUGAGAUCCUGGCUGCACUGGGAACUGGCUUCGUUUGCUCCAACAAGCACGAGUUGGAGUUGGUGAAGAGCUUUGGUGUCCCAGCUCAAGAUGUCAUCCUGGGUGGAGCCUGCAAGCAACUCUCGCUCAUUAAAUAUGCUGCUAAACUUGGUGUCCGGCUGCUAGUGUGUGACAGCGAGGCUGAGAUGAGGAAGAUCGCUCGCUGCCACCCAAAUGCAAAGCUGCUGCUGCAGGUGUACACAGCAGGCUGCUGUGAGCACGAGGAGACAGCCAUGCCAUUCGGCUGCACACUGAAGGACUGUAGGCACCUGCUGGAGUGCGCGAAGGAGCUCGGACUGAACAUAACCGGUGUCAAGUUCCAUGUCCCCAGCUGCUGCGCUGAGCCCGAGGCCUUCACUCAUGCUGUGUCAGAUGCGCGCUGUGUGUUCGACAUGGGGGCUGAACUUGGGUUUGCCAUGAGUAUUCUAGACAUUGGUGGAGGCUUUGAUGGCGUCGAGGCUCAAUUAGAAAAGGUGAACAGAGCGUUGAAACCCAUGCUGGAUGCGUACUUCCCUCAGUCAACGGGCGUGUCGGUUAUCGCUGAACCUGGAGCCUACUAUGUGUAUGCUGCUUUCUCACUGGCUGUGAGCGUCAUCUCAAAGAAAAUGGCAGCUCAGGAUGCCAAGCAUCAUGUACAUGAUGUGCUGUCUGGAGAUGACGAACUAGAGUUUGUGUAUUGUCUGAACGAUGGUGUGUUUGGCUCCUUUGCCUAUAAAUUGUUGGAGGAAUCUGUUCCUGUUCCAUCUCUACUCAAGAACGUCUCUGCUGAGGAGCCGCUGUACUCCAGCAGUCUGUGGGGGAGCUCGGAUGAUGGUCUCGAUCAGGUGCUGGAGUCCUGUCUUCUCCCAGAGCUCAGUGUUGGAGACUGGCUGGUGUUUAACCACACUGGCGCCAACAGUCUCAGAGUGAUGGGAGAGCCCAUGCCACCCAUACACUACAUCAUCUCUGCACAAGACUGGUACGAGAUUCAAAACUAUGGCAUCACACUGGACACAGCCCUGAAGAACUUCUCUCUGGUCCCAUGUUUUCAGAAACCCAGUCUAAGCGAGAGUGCCAUCUCUACUCCGGCUUAGUGAAGCAAAGCUGCUCUGGGGCUACAGCAGCCUCGCUGGCUAAUUUUAAUUAACAAAGAAUCUUCUGGACUCUUUCGGGACCAGAACACAAUGAACAAGGUUACAGGGAGGUCAUCGGAUCAAGAAGAAAUGCAUUUACGGUCAUGUAUAUUGUCAUGAUAGGGUUUAGUCAUUUGCGGGAUUGAUAGAGAUAGAUAGAUAGAACUUUAUUGAUCCCUUUGGGAGGGUUCCCUCAGGGAAAUUAAAAAAAAUUGAUGGUUAGUGCUGUUUACAAACCUGCUAGAGUAUUUAAUUCAGUUUCAUAAAUAUAUAUAUAAACGACAUAUAUGUAGUAAUAUUUCCUGCAAGACAAAGUUGGGUGUUAUUUAUUGAAUACGGAGCCUCAUGCUUUAAGAGCCAUGCGUUUAUGAUGCUGGUGUUUGAGAAGCCAGCAGGUGGUGGUGCAGCUGUGGAGUCUGAUUUUAGAAUGGAGUCCAACUCUCCAUUCCGAUACUGUUCUUAAUGCACAUGUGGUGAGCGCCCCCCCCCCCUUUUUUAGAUUUUCUAGCCGCCAUCUUAAAAAUAAAAUAUUAAUCUAUUUAUGUAAAGUUUCUAGAAGGCAUAAGAGCUGAAGAAAUCCUUUAGAGGAUAUUACAAGGGUGGGAUGAAGAUAUGAAGUUUCUUCAAGUGGUAAAUGGAUAUUUUUCAGACGUGAGAAGAUAAACUUCAUAUCUUCAUCACCGUGUAACGUUCUUUUUAUAUUAUGGACGCAUCCACAAAAAGUUGAUCAAGAAUAAAUUUUUGAACCAGUUUGCCACUUUAAGUCAGCAGGAAAACGUUGCAAGUGAUGUCAUCGAUAUCCUGAGUGACGAUGUUGGAAAAUAUGUCACUUGGAGCCAAAAAAAAAAGUUUUUCAACACGAAGAUAAAUUUCAUGUCUUCAAGCCAACGUGUGAUUUUAAUUUUUAUUAUAUAGACACGCUGACGAACAAAGUACCCAAAUUUAUCAAAACAAUUCAUCAGUAUCCUCACUAGUGAAAAUAUUGGAAAAUGUUGCUCGGUGUCUGGGGUGUUGGUUCAUAUGAAAAACACGAGUGGCGUAUUUCCCAGUGAAACACUCGUGUCUAUAUGAUAAAUACCGCCACGUUCGUUUCCUGAUUGCUCAGCCAACAUCUUGGAGGAAUUGCAAAUUCGCAUGGACUUUGACAAGAUCAUCGCUCUACACUCUCUUCAUGCUGCAGUUGUCGGAGAAGCGUGCAUCAAAAGCAGUAUCGGAACACCGAUGGCUAACGGAAAUUUUCUCACUUCCUAUCCAUGAAGUGUUAGGAGAGCUAUGAAACUGUGAAAAUGACUCGCUGCAAAGUUUUCAUCGUAAUCGAACUGCAAUAUUGAAUAAAAUUUGCAUGGCUUCAUUUUAGCAGAGUGGCGAAGCUGAUGAAUUCCCCGUUAUCGUCCUGUUUUUCUCUGUGAAGCUUCCAGGCAUGUGCCGAUUUUUAAAUUGAAUUAAUUAAAAUCAGUCAGCUAUUUUCGUGUAAAGGUUAGAUCUCCGAUGUAAUGAGCGAAAAAAAAAAUGGAAACGGGCUUGGUGUCUGUUUUGGCUGCUUUAAACUGCAAAAUUGACACCGUUUUAUUCUGGGGAACUGGAAUAAAUUAAAUUUGUAGCUUUAUUCACUGUCCAGUUGUGUGUGUUUUAAGUGAACCGAUUUACAGCUAGCUUUGAGAACUGUAAUGCCCUUCUGUAGCCUACAACGGGGUCAUUGAACCAAGAGGAAUGGAAAUGGUUUUCCGAGGAGAGAUAAUUCACUGUUGCUGUUUCUGCUGGACAGAAUCAGUGUUUUUUGUUUAUUUAUUACUUGUGCGAUAUGUACACCAUCUCCAGUGUUCACUUUUUUUUUAUGUUCAAGCUAUCCGGUAAGUGUUGCUUGGACCUAGAGAAAGUUGUCAUCUUUUCACUUCAGGCCCUUCUUGCAGUUUACAGUAUUUUCAUGAUCUUGUGCUAAUUAACAUGUUCUCAUUGUACAGCAUUUCAAACACAACUUCACACUGUGCCGGACGUGUAAUAUGGCUUCAGCGUUUGUCCAAAAAGAACCGACGUCGAACGGGUCCUAUGCUAAGGAGAAUUGCUUUGUCCAAGAUGACGAGUUUAUGCGUGUUACAUGUCGAGACCUUUUCCUAUUUUUAUCAUCGACACGUGCCUGGAAGCUCUGGAUUGGAUGUAGAUGACUAUAUAUGUGCUGUUUGGUGUGUUAAAGAAAGUGCUGUAUGGUUUCUGUAAGUGCUGUUUGGUUUGCUUGGUAACGUCGGGACACAUGCAGAUGGACAAGCUUCCCAGUUUACUUCAACAAAAUGUCAUUCUGAAUGAAAGAUGUAUUUGAUUCCUCAGCGGGAAGAUGUAACAUGUUGGUCUGUUUGGCAAUACACUGUCAGUAAAUGAG